ACGCGCUCACAGUGUGUCCGUCCGUCGGCUGUUCAGCGCGCGCUGCCUGUGGAUGCGAACCAGUGAAACGGGAGUCGUCUUAAAUGUUGUUUUGCUGUAAAUUUUAACAUUUUCUAACAGAGGUUCUGUCCAGAGCGUCCGCACCGCUGGAGCCGCUCACUCCGCUCUCUCACUUUCUGCCGUUUGAUUCUUCAACGAUCUCUGAUGUUCCUGAAGCAUCUUCAUCAUCUUCAUCAUCUUCAUCAUCGUCACCACGCCGCUUGCCAUGGUCACCCAUCCGCUUGGUGACCGAUCUGUCUGCCGCCAAACCCUCCGCCUCUUCUCUCUGCUCCCGUCCAACUGGCCGAGGGGAUCCAUGUGAUGGGCAGCGUCUCCCGAGUCAAUGAACGUUUCGAGGGCGUGGCCAUCGGCGUGCCAACGUCUCAUCCUCCUCCUCCUCAUCCUCCAUUAGGAUUUUCUGAUAUUGAGAGCAACGGGACAAAACCACCUCCCCCUCUUCUUCCUCCUCCUCUUCCUCCUCCUCCUCCUCCUCCCCAGCUGCCCGUGUUUCCUGGGCUGGGAGACCCUGUAGGAGGAGGCCUGAGGAAGAAGAAGAGGGUGAGGAGUUUCUUUUGGAAAACGAUACCAGAGGAUCAGGUGAAGGGGCGGGCCAACCUGUGGACUCAGGGUCGAGUGCAGCAGCAGUACCAGAUCGACGUCCAAACCAUCGAGGAGCUUUUUGGUCAGAACGACUGUCAAUCAAACGCCAAGGCCACACCUACCAGGGGAGGGAAGACCAGGAGCUCGUUCAGAGAGGCCAAAGAUGAGGUCUCCAUUCUAGACUCUAAGCGAGGGAUGAACAUUGGGAUUUUCCUCAAACAGUUCAAGAGGGCCAAUCAGGCGAUAGUAGAUGAUAUUCGUCAUGGCAACAGUGAACCUUAUGGGGUGGAGCCUCUGAAAGACCUGCUGAAACUGCUGCCUGAGGAGGAGGAGGUGAAGAAGCUGAAGGCGUUCCGAGGCGACGUCUCUAAGCUCCCAUUGGCUGAUUCCUUUGUGUACCUGCUGAUUCAGCUUCCCAGCUACUCAGUCCGGAUCGAGUGCAUGCUGUUGAAAGAGGAGUUUCCUGGGGUGUGUGAGGCCAUGAAACGAGACAUUAACGUCCUUCGCUCCGCCACUAAAGAGUUAAUGUGUUGUGAGGAGCUCCAUGCUGUUCUCCACUUGGUGCUGCAGGCUGGAAACAUCCUGAAUGCUGGAGGUUAUGCAGGAAACGCAGUUGGUUUCAAGCUGUCGUCCCUCCUUUCUCUGGCCGACACCAAGGCCAACAAACCGGGCAUGAACCUGCUACACUUUGUCGCUCUGGAAGCACAGAAAAAAGACAAGAAGCUGUUGGAGUUUCCACUGAAGUUGAGUCACGUCCAGCCUGCAGCCAGGUCAAACAGCAUUUUCACGUAUUAA